UACCUGCCUUAUGCUGACCUAUGCUGAAGUGUUAGUCUUGGGACAAAGGUCACACCUUACAUGUAGCUUAUGUGACACUCCCGGCUCUUGGUUUGCCUUCCGUAAUCCCUAUCCCAAUGGGAUGUACUCGUAUUUUGCAUGUGACCUUCCUGUUGAGACUGAGAGAGAGCUCUCUGAUACCUUGUAACGAGGGGAAUUCUGUUGUCAGGAUGCCAACCUUAAUCAUAUCUAUAUAUAUGAGAGGAGACCUUUAGUCCUGGCAUCAGGUUCAAAACUUACUGCUACCCCGAAACAUUGGAAAGAGUACCUAGAUCUCUCAUGACUGCUUAAAAAGCCGGCAAUGUCACCAAUGACUUGGGCCGUCUGGGGCGUGGAUUUUUGCGGGCUCUUUGCGUACUUUCUCGUCUCCUUUACCCUUUUCUCGCAGGCAUGGGGAGCUACUGGCAACAAUGAAACCGAUAUACCCACCAUAGCUUCCCAGGAUGGCAUAUACACCAACGCUCUACCAGCCGAAGGUCAAUUCCCCGUGACAUACGGCGACGGCACCCUCCGCGGAUCGCUAAUCCUGCACAACGGCCGCAUCCACACCAUGGACGCCCAGAACCGCAUGGUGAGCAUACUGGGCAUCAAGGACGGCUGGAUUGUGUAUGCGGGGGACAGCAUGGCCGAGGCCGAGCACAAGACAUUCUCCGGAGGAUCUGGCCCAGCUGGCCCCGGCAGAAAGAUUAACCUCAAGCAGCGUAUCACCGUCCCCGGACUCAUCGACUGCCACACCCACAUUGUCCUGCUCGGCAACCGGCCGGGGUACCAUACACCCCUGGAGGAUGCAUUCACCAUCGGCGAGGUCCUCGACACAUACCGACAGCGGUUGUCCAGCGGUGGAGUACCCCCCGGCGCAUUCAUCACGACCAUUGGCGGGUUUUCGCCCAUUCAGUUCGAGGAGGGGCGGUUGCCUACUCUGGCGGAGCUUGACAGUGCAGUACCUGACCAUCCCGUGUUUAUUUCGACGGGCUUUGCCGGUCCGGCAACCGCAAACUCCCUCGGCAAGGCCUUCUUUGAGGCGCUGCCGGGAAACAUGGCCGUGGCGGUGGCGGCCAACGGGUCCAUCGUGGCGGGGAUGGAGAACGGUAAAGCGUUACUCGCGCUAAGGCAACGGCUUAGCUUUGAUGAUAGGGUAAGGAGUGCUGCGGAUGCCAUGGCGUAUGCUGCAUCUGUCGGGGUCACGACGCUUCUUGACCAAGGCGCCUUCGCCGCCUCCCACACCCCGGCCGACGGCUCCGGCAGCGAGGACCUCUUCACCAUGCACCUGCCCUUCCUCUCCCUCUACAACUCCAACCGCGGCACCGUCCGGCUGCGCAUCAACUACCUCCACGACGACAGCAACACCACCCUGCCAGGCGUCACCGCCCGCCUGCAGCACAGCUACCCCUUCUUUGGCAACGCCAUGGUGCGAACAGGCGGCAUCGGGGAGUUUGCCGUGUCCCUUGACGCUUACGCCGGCGGAGAAGUGUUUGAGGCUGCCGCAGCACGGAUCGCGGCUGCGGGGUGGAGGCUCGAGGUGCACUCCCUCACGGCGGAGGAUUUCAAAACCCAGAUUGAGGGUUUUGAGCGGGUUGACGCGAAGGUCGAGGGCGGGAUUAAGGGCCUGCGGUGGGUGGUUGCGCAUGUGCCGAGGAUUACGCAGGAGUAUCUCGCGAGGUUGAAGGCGUUGGGCGGCGGGGUGAAUGUAUCUGGAUGGAUGUACCUGUCCGGAGCGGGUACGGGGAAUGAGAGUAACCCGGCCGGACCGCCGUUCAAGACCAUUGUGGAGAGUGGCAUCCCGGCGGGGUUCGGGCCGGACGGGGCGAAUAUUGCGCCGCUCAGUCCCUGGCCGCAUGCGUACUAUGCUGUGACGGGGAGGAAUGCACGCGGGGUGGUUAUCAAUCCUGGACAAGGGAUUGCGAGGCAGAAGGUGUUGGAGAUGUUUACUAGGGAUAAUACGUGGUUCUUGGGGGGACCGGAUGAGAAGGUGCUUGGGGUUUUGGAAGUGGGGAGACUGGGGGAUGUUGCGGUUUUGAGUGAUGAUUUCUUUGCUGUCGAAGAGGAACAGUUGAAGAGGUUGCGCAGUGUUUUGACGGUGGUUGGCGGAGUUGUGGUGCAUGAUUCAGGGGAACUUCGAGAUUGAUGGCCUGGACGUUGCUCCUAGCAACGGCGAUGCCCCUGAAUUAAGAGACCCCAGGAGCAAAGCUACAGUUGCAUCCUUAGGCUACGCAACGUAAGCGCUAUAAAUAACUC